AUGAAAAAAGAUAGCAAUAAAAAUGCUGGCAUCGUAUCAAGUAACCUCUGUGAUCCAAACGUAAAACAGUAUUCAGGAUAUCUCGAUUUAUCACCCAACGAAAGUUAUUUCUUUUGGUUUUUUGAGUCACGCAAAGACCCGGGUUCAGCUCCACUAACAGUGUGGCUCAAUGGAGGACCAGGCUGUUCGUCAAUGAUCGGUCUUUUCCAAGAAUUAGGCCCAUGUCAACCGAUUAAUAAAGGUCAAUCAAUGACACUAAAUCCGCAUAGCUGGAAUCAAGUCUCUAAUUUAUUGUUUAUUGAUGAACCAUUCGGUACUGGAUUCUCUUUCGACGCCUCAAAAGUCAGUUCAACAGAACAGGCUGCUUCAAAAUUAUACCUAUUCUUGCAAAGCUUCUUUAAUCGUUUUCCUGAAUAUGCGAAACUUGAUUUUCAUAUCUUUG